UCAGUCCAGCCAGCCAGGGAGGGACAAUGCGCUCUCUCUCGUUGCUGUGGCUGUACACGGCCCUGCCAGGUCUGCUGUGGGCCUACCACGUCAGUGUGUUGGUGGAGAGGGACAAUGACACCUCCAGGAUCUGCAAACCCGCCCCCGAUUGGAAGAUAAAGGGACGCGCACCUAUGCAAGAGCUGUUGGGAAAUGUGGUUGUGGUGGCACUACUGAAGGCCAGCUGACAGUUCUGUCUCACUCAGGCCUCCAAGAUUGGAGGCCUGCGUGACAAGCUGAACCGCAGCAACAUGACAGAGGUGUCUUUUAUGAUAGUAAAUGAGCGUGAGGCUCGGUCCAGAGCCAUGUUCUGGGAGCUGAAGAGAAGAGCGCCCCCUGGUGUUCCUGUGUACCAGCAGGCUGCCCUUCAAACUGACGUGUGGGAUGCUCUGGAUGGUGACAAAGAUGACUUCCUAGUCUAUGAUAGGUGUGGUCUGCUCACCUACCAUAUAGUGCUGCCUUACAGUUUCCUGCAUUACCCCUACGUAGAGGCUGCAGUCAGAGCCACAUAUCAUAGAAACAUCUGCAAUUGCUCUGCUAAUUUUACUUUAUCAAUUGACAAGAACAGCACCAUGCAGAACGGGACAAUGCAGGUUAAUGUCAACCAGUCAACUACAGUACCCACAGUUCAAUUGGGCACUGAUGAUCCAGACGAGGGAGACACACCUCCUAUGCCAAUUCAUCACCACCACCAUGAUCCUCAUGAUUACCAUCACCACCACCCUGCUCAGCAUCAUCACCCCCAUCCGCAGUAGCAUCAGCAGUCCGGCAACCACAGUCAUAAUGGUGAAUAAUUAGGGUGCCAAUUAAAUUACUAGUGUUUUUACUUGCUUCUUUCUGCUUAGGUUAAUUAGGAUGGGUUUACUUUUGGUGAAAUAUUUUUAUUUUGAUGGCAGAACAUACAGGUAAACAUCUGUUCACUGAGUGGUUGAAUCUGUUUGAGCAGUAAUCAGAUUGUGGUUUCUCUGCUAGCUAUUUCCACACCUCACUCCCCUGUGUGGAUGGUGUCGUCAGUCCUACUCUGUCCUCUCGCAUUAAUGAAGUCUAUGGUACAAAACCUGUCUGCAGGAGGCUGUAGAUGGAUGUGUGUGGAGAGAUUGGAUGGACUGAUGGUUCCUGUCACCCAGUCAGAGGAUGUUGUACACUGCUGCUGAGAAGACAUCAUACAGAUUACCGUUCAAACAUGUUCAUUUCUGCUUCUGUCAAGCCCGUCUCGUGCAGAAUCUGAAAGUGAUAUGCUGUGUUACUACAUUACUAUAUACAUAUAACAAAGAUUUUAAGAGUUUCAAGUGAUGUCCUUUCUUCACUUGAAUGUGUACAAGUAUUUUGAGAGGUGGUAUAAUAAAUUAGAUUAGCAUACUAAUCCAAUUAAAUUGUAAGAUAUAAAUCACAACAGAAAACGACCAUUGCCCUAUUUAAUACAUUUUGCACAUUUGCUGUAGAUUUAAAACUUUACUUCUGAAUAAUUACCUGAACAUAGAAUGAACCUUUAGGUGGUUGUUCUCCAUUAAAAGAAAAUACAUUUGGUGUCUCUUAGUGUUAUGAUAGGUGACUUCUGUAGUACCUGUACAAUUCAUGUAAUUGGAGAUGGGAGGAUAUUUGUUUCUCUUUCAGUAAUCCCUUUUCACAAUA